AUGGCUCGGCUCGCCCUCCUCUGCUCAGUUGUCGUUGUCUCCAUUUCCAUCAUCCUUUUCUUCACGCCCGAAUACACCUACAUCAUCCGAAGCACCGGCAAUCGUCUCGUCAGCAUCUUGUCGUCAGUCGGCAACAGAAACACUCGUAGCCCCGAGAAGCCGAUGCUUAGGAACAUGGCCAAAAGCACUCUCCGGCAGGCCACCAUCACGCCGCACCGGUCCGGCGCCAGAGGCCACUCGGACCACGGCUGGCUCAACUCGUACCACAGUUUCUCCUUUGCCGACUGGUUCAACCCGGGCUUCACGCAUUUUGGCUCGCUGAGGGUGCUCAACGAGGACCGCGUCAAGGCCAACUCGGGCUUCCCUACCCACCGCCACCAAGACUUUGAAAUCUUCAGCUACAUCCUGUCCGGGGAGCUGACACACCGGGACUCGAUGAUUGUCAGGGCCGAAGAGGGCGCCCAGUCGGACCAGUUUUACCGCAUGCACCGCGGCGACGUCCAGUUCACGACGGGAGGCACGGGCAUCAGCCACUCGGAGAUGAACGAGCACAAGACGGACACGGUGCACUUUCUUCAGAUCUGGGCGAUGCCGUGGAAGAGGGGCCUAGCCCCAAGAUAUCACACCGAGCACUUUGACGAGAAAGCCAAGAAAAGGGGCUUCGUCACCAUCCUGAGCCCGCUCAAGGGCGGCGCGGCCGCGAGCGCGCAGCAGGAACGCGACGCCGAGCCCACCGUGGCCGGCUCCAUCCCCAUCCACGCCGACUUUGCCAUGGGCGCGGCCAUCAUCGCGCCCCAGAGCACCUUUGAAUGGACCGUUGGGGCCGCGGGCACCGAAGAGGCCAAGCGAAAGGUCUACGUGCAUUUGCCCAUGACCAAGGGCGGCGGGGCCAGGAUCCGGCUUGACGGCCGCGACGGGGCGGAGCUCGGCGAGGGCGACGGGGCAUUUGUCGAGGGCGUGAGCGCGGGUGAUGGAUUACGGGUAGAGAGUAUCGGGGAGGCAGAGGCCGAGGUGAUAGUCUUAGACACGGUGUAG